AGUUCUAGUAACAAGGGUUAUUUAAUUUGCAGACUAGCCUACAUUAAAUGCAUUAAGUUGUCGAAGAUAAAUCAAUCAAAUAUAGCACGGCCGAUAUGAACAAGUCAAAGACUUGAUGACUAACGACAACCCUAAAAUCUCUCGAAAUCUCUGUACACAACGUUUUAUAUAUGUGUGUGUAUUCACGAGGAAAACAGCUCUACUAAGAGCACACUAAAGUGGCCGCCAUAUUGCUGCAACGUGUUAUCUACUCAGUAGAGAGUCACAGCGACGAGUGCAAAAACAACGAACGAGCUAUAUGACCACAUAUAUGCGUAUAUAUGUGUGAGUGUGUGCAAAGGCAGUAUCGAUCGAAUAGAAACGGCAAGACACAGGCAUUAUAAGCGACAGUUGGAAAAUUUCAUUUCAUUGAAACACAUCUGUGCUUAAAAAUAUAAAAACAAAGAGAGCGUGUUAUUAAAAUAAGUAAAAAACGAAAUACUGCUCUAAAUCUUAAUUGAGACAUUUGAUAUAAUCAAUAAGCCCUUUGUGAAAUAUUAGAGUGAAAUACUCAGAAAAUAAAAGCCAAAAUUAUGAAUUUUACUGCGCUUACUCUGUUUGCGGGCAUUAUCGCCCUGGCCAGCGCUGACAACUACGCCUGUCACUCCAAUGUGACUUACGGCUGCAGUAACAGUGUCUCAAGCCCAGUGAUGUGCCAUUCCCGUUUUGGUGGCAUUGAAAAUGUCGAAUCUGGCAUUCAAUCCUACAUCAACUUGAAUCUGCACAAGUCCUACCAAUAUCUAUUGUUGUCAUCCUUCUACAACUCAUACCAAAAGAAUCGUCCCGGUUUCAACAAGCUCUACCGUUCGCUGUCGGACCGCUCUUUCGAUGAUGCUAUUGAUUUGAUUAAACAUGUGACACGUCGCGGCGGCCAGGUUGACUUCCGUGCCAUCAGUCAGCAUCCCAACUCUAUUGCUCAAAGUAAAUUGAAAUUGGAGGAGGAUGAAUUACACUCAUUGGGCAUUGCUUUGGACAUUGAGAAGACUUUGACCGCCGAUGCUGGCCACGUACACUAUCAGUCGACACAUGGACGCCCACAUGACCCACAGACCGCUCACUACAUUGAGGAGAAAUUCUUGCACAAGCAGGCUGAUUCAGUACGCCAGGUUUCGGGCUUCGUCAACGAUUUGUCGAAGAUCAUGAACCAACCCGAUCCCUCAUUGGGCAUCUACUUAUUCGAUCAGUACUUGGAGAAGCAAUAAAUGAUGUUGCUGAAGUGAAGAUUGUGCGCUGACUUACAUGAUAGUUCAGCUGACGCUGAUAAUAACCAUCUAAUAUAAACUACGUGCAAGAAUCUAUACGUAUUUCUUUUAUUACAUUACAAACGAAAACAAAACGAUGUAACAAAAUUUGAUUGAAAAUAUAUAAAUUCCAACUUUGCGCAUUUAAACCUUCAGCUUUAUGACUGUUAAUUAGACAUCAUCCAAACAAGUUCUGCUUAUGGCACAAAAGCGCAUCCAUGAAAUUUUAUGUAUUAUUACAAAUAAGUGCUAUUAAAUUUUGAAUUGUUCAUUUCUAUUAUUAUUAUUUACUCUACAUGAAAUUGUAACUCUUUUCUAGUGCUUUACUUUACAAAAUAUAAAUGUUAAAUUAACGAAAUAGUAAAAAAAAUUCAAAAAUCGGCUCUCAUAUUUAUUUGUUUGCAUUGAAUUGUGACAUUUGGUGCUAGAAUUUGUACAAAAACUAAAUAAAUAAAUGUGCGAGUGAUAAGCAAAAAUCUCAAA